UCAAAACACAACUUUAUUCACAUUAGUAAUGUGUUUAACCAACCCUUUUUACUUGGCUUACAGUUCAAUAUUUAAAGCUUCUAUCUUCAUCACCCUUCAUUUUCAAAACAAACUGAAACCCUAGAAUCAGUUUCUUUCUUCUCGUGUCUUCCCUUACCAUGGCAGAAGAGGAAGUAAUAUUGGUUUCAUUGCCACACAGAGUGGUAUUCUUAUUCAUGAUUGUUAUUGCUUGCAUUGCAGAAAAGAGAGAUAUAUACUUGGUUCUAAUGGAAGGUGACCCGGUCGCGUUUUAUCAAGGUCCGAUGCCUCUUGAAGAAGGAAGAAAACUCGACCCUUACAGUGAAGUUUCUGAGGCUUAUGCAAAGCACUUGGUGGAGUCUCAUGAUCAACUUCUACAAAGGACUCUAGUUACAGGAAGCUACAACAAGCUUUACAGCUUCAAACACAUUGUCAAUGGCUUUGCAGUCCACACUUCUCUUUCUCAGGUCAAAAAGAUCAAACGCACUCAGGGAGUGAAGUUGGUGGAGAGAGAUAGGGGAGCCAAGAUGAUGACAAGUUACACCCCUCAAUUCCUGGGUUUACCAGAAGGAGUUUGGACACAGCAAGUGGAAGGAGGAGAGAGAAAUUCAGGUGAAGGUAUGGUGAUUGGUUUCGUUGACACAGGAAUCAACCCUUUUCACCCAAGCUUUGCCUAUGAUCCAAUGAGUCCUUUCGCGUCGAAUCGUUCUCACUUUUCGGGUGCUUGUGAGGACGGUCCUCGAUUCCCUGCAAAUUCCUGCAAUGGUAAGAUAGUUUCUGCAAGGUUUUUCUCAGCUGGAGCUCAAGCAGUUGUUACUCUUAAUGCCUCAGUGGACUUCCUCUCACCAUUUGAUGCAGUUGGACAUGGCAGCCACGUGGCAUCGACAGCAGCUGGGAAUUCAGGAGUUCCGGUGGUUGUGAAUGGCUUCUGCUAUGGGCAAGCCAGUGGAAUGGCGCCACAUGCACGAAUUGCUGUUUAUAAGGCUAUAUAUCCGAGCUUGGGGACUCUUGCAGAUGUGGUUGCUGCAAUUGAUCAAGCAGCACAAGAUGGAGUGGAUAUCUUAUCACUGUCCAUUGGACCAGAUGAGCUACCAGAAAAAACACUCACUUUCUUGAAUGUGUUUGAUAUAUUCAUGUUGUCUGCAAGGAAGGCUGGGGUGUUUGUGGUGCAAGCCGCUGGCAACAAGGGUCCGAGCCCCUACACGGUGGUGUCUUAUAGCCCUUGGGCCAUGGGUGUGGCUGCUUGCACCACAGACAGAACUUACACUGCUACUCUUGUCCUUGGCAAUGGUCAAAAGCUUGGUGGGGUGGGAUUAUCAGGACCAAGUUUUGGAAAUGGCUUACUGCAAUACAAGCUGGUCUUAGCUAGAGAUGCAGUUAGGGCAGACCACUCAUUCCCAAAAACAGCACCAUACAUAGAAGAGUGUCAAUACCCCGAGGCACUUGAUCCAUUUGUAGUGCUAGGGAGUGUUGUAAUCUGCACUUUCUCAGAUGGGUUUUACAAUGGAACUUCUUCAGUCACAGCCAUUAUCGACACAGCAAGGACUCUUGGAUUCAUGGGUUUUGUGUUAGUUGCAAACCCAGCAUUUGGUGAUUUCAUUGCAGAGCCAAUUCCAUUAUCUGUUCCUGGAAUCAUGAUCCCAAGAACCAGCGAUGCACGGAUUAUAUCACAGUACUAUGAACAGCAAACAUGGAGGGACAAAAGGGGGAUUGUAACCAGAUAUGGUGGGAGAGCAGCCAUAGGUGAUGGAAGAGUUGCUUCAUACAUGGGAGGAAGAGCCCCAAUUGUAAGUAGAUUCUCUUCAAGAGGGCCUGACUUCAUUGACCUCAAUAGGACUCCUACUGAUGUUCUCAAGCCUGAUAUUUUGGCUCCUGGUCACCAAAUUUGGGCAGCUUGGAGCCCCUUCAGUGUUUUGGAUCCCAUCCUCCUCGGUGACAAUUUUGCAUUGUUGUCUGGUACAAGCAUGGCAACACCUCAUAUAGCUGGUAUAGCAGCUCUCAUCAAGCAAAAGAACCCUAGUUGGACCCCAUCUAUGAUAGCUUCAGCAAUCUCAACCACUGCUACUAAGUAUGACAUUAAUGGAGAUCCCAUAUUGGCCCAAGGAUCGGAUAUCUAUAGCUUAUAUCCUUCAACUCCUUUUGAUUUCGGGUCGGGUCUUGUCAACCCUGCCAAGGCUAUGGAUCCGGGACUGGUCUUUCCAUCAGAAUACGAGGACUACAUCAACUUCUUGUGCUCUCUUCCAAACACUGAUCCAUCAAAAAUCAAGACAGCAACUGGCAGAUCAUGCAACACCCCCUUUGCCAACCCAUCUGAUCUGAACACCCCUUCAGUCACUAUCUCAUCACUCAGCGGUUUCCGAUUAGUCAGACGAAUCGUCAAGAACGUAGGAACCAAGCCAGAGACAUACCUCUGCGCGGUGCUAGUGCCAGAGGGGGUGACAGUGAAAUUGAAUCCAUCAUGGUUCACAAUUGCUCCACAGGGAAGUCAAGAGUUGGGGAUAGAACUCAAUGUGACAAAACCACAAGAUGGUUUCAGGUUUGGGGAGAUUGUGUUGACUGGGAAUUUGAAUCACAUUGUCACAAUAACAUUGUCGGUUUGGCCGGUUUCGAUGUCCUGA